ACGUCUAAUGUAGAGGACGGGUGCGUAAAGGCCACCUCUGACGUCUUGAGCCUGCGCCUUUUAGGGGACAUCUCUUCGGUCGGGCUGUCAGUUUUAGAAGAAUAGUAAACAUGGCCCUUAGGGUUAUCCGGCUGGCAAUUCCGUCCGGAUCAGCGUUCUUCAAUGCUGGGAUAACGGCACAGACGGCCGGUAUCCACACGAGUGCAGUACGAAACCUUCGUUAUGGCUGGUGGACCUAUGUACUGGGCGAGAGGACAACUCCAAGGUUUAAAGAGUUCAGCAAAAUCAUCUCCGUGGAUGGAAAUUUGGCCUCUGGGAAAGGGGCACUCGCGCAAAAACUGGCUGAUAAACUAGGUAUGCUUUACAUGCCAGAGGCAGACACUUUCUACAUGGACAAGAUGACUGGGGAGAAAGAGCCAUUGCCCGAAGCAUACAAUGGGAUGUGUAACCUGGAGAAGUUCUACACAGACCCCAAGUGUGGGGAUGGAAACUCCUACAGGCUACAGCUGUGGAUGUACACCAUGAGGCUGCUGCAGUACUCCGACGCCAUUGAGCACCUGCUCACCACUGGUCAAGGUGUGAUUCUGGAGCGCUCCCCUUUCAGUGACAUGGUGUUCAUGGAGGCUAUGUACAAACAAGGCUACAUCAGGAAACAAUGUGUGGACCACUACAACGAGAUCAAAGGCAUUAGCAUUUGCGAGUUCCUGCCGCCCCAUAUUGUGAUCUAUGUGGACCAGGCAGCCGAGGAAGUGCAGAAGAAGCUGAAACAAAGUAGCCAGUCUCAUCUGCAGAACGUGCCCCUGGCGUAUCUCAAGGCAAUUGAAGAUUCGUACAAGAAGAACUUCCUGCCAAAGAUUGGCGAAACCUCAGAAGUGCUUGCCUAUGAUACAGUUCAAGCCCAAAUAUUGAAAGGGUAAGUUGCAGAAGACGAAGAGUAUUUGAAGUUUGAGAAGGGACCAUGGUUGGAUCAGGAUGACAUCAGCUACCACCACAUGAGAAUGCUUGUGGAAGACAAACACAAGGUGGCCAACCUCACCUUCAUCCCCAAGUUCCUGCCGGAAAUCACCAUUGGCGCCCACGAGUACGACGAAAGCUACUACAAGUUUAAAUCGGUAUGUAUGGUGCAUUGGGGGACGGGGGACGGGGACGGACAGAUGGCACCUAGUCCACCGGGACUUGCCGACGGGUAUUCUAAGCGGAUCGUAUCGCAGAUUGCGAGUUACACGCCUGCCCCUACAGAGAUGGUAUCUCCAAAGUCCUAAGCCCUUUUCUAUUGCUUUUUCUUCUCCGAUAAAUAAAUUAGUUUGUUCCUUUAUCUUCCUUUCUCCCCCCCCCCCCCCCUGUGAGCUCGGUUGUCGGUGAUACGAGGGCAUACUGCCUUCCACAGGGACGAAAGUCAUUUUCCUGCUACCUUCAAACGGCGAAAUCGGUUUCCGUGCUCACGAGACGGCAAAUGCCACGCGAAGGAAUAUACCGCCAGGUUCCUGGGCAUCAUCAGUCUUGCAGGAAAACAUUUGAGUGUGACCUUUUCUGUUUAUUCAGUGAAACUUAGUUGUUUGCGCCCCACCCCCCCCCCCCCAAACACCACUGCACCCAUUGCAACAAACAUGGGGCUGUGUAACUGUGAUGCAGGGGACUCUGACCUGACCUUUUCUGCACAGAAACGGCGGUGAGAUUGCGUAACGGUUGCUUUGGGGGGACACAUGACGUCAGAGGACAUUUUGGAUUUGGAAGUUCUCUGGGUACCGUUUUUGUAUUGGUAGGCACCGUGCUGUCGGGUACAAUACCAGGCGCAGAGGAAGCAGCUCAUUCGCUUUUGAUACCGAGAUUGAAUCCAAUCACUUUUCAGUGACCACUGACAAGCCUUGGGUUGUUGUAUUAAAAGCAUUAUGAAUGCAGCUGUAAUUCCCCCCACCCCGCCUCCCAGUCGACUGUCAUUUUCAUCGCUUGCCGGCUGCACCAACAAAGACUGAAGUCACUAUGACAUUUUAACGCACCUUUACUCGGGUGUGAAUAUUAUUCCCUUGGCCUGUCAGGUAAUACAAAUAUCACAGAAUAUACAUUUGUACAUGAAAGGUGAAUCAGUGAAGUGAUUUGAAAAGAAACCCCAUGUUUCGUGUCGGAAUUAAUGUGAUGACUGAAAUGGUUGUGAGGUCAUUACAUUUCUUUGGAAGCGUUUCAGCAUCUAAGACAAAAAGCCAACGUGGGCGGUUGGUAUUUGGGCAUAUGGCCAAGCCACAUCGUGAAACCAGGAAUGAAGGUCAUGUCUCAGCGAGAGUAGGCCGCGGUUAUUGCCUCCUUUUUUUCUGGUUGUUAUUUUAGUUGCUUCCCAUUCAAUGCGCCACGUUCCCAAACGGCAAGACUAAUGUGCUGACAAAAUGCAUGUGACAGAGGGUGGCCCGGCUGUCUGUCACUCUGUCACUGAUGUGCCUGCACAUUAGCCCUAACUCAUACAGCGCCGUUUGCCACCGGCAUGCCAUGUGAUGGACUGCGACUGGAUGUGCGCUCGGCCUGACGAUUAGUCGGCGAGCCUUGUCAUGGCCGCGGGAAAGACCCCAAGGAUCGACAUGCAUCCUCCUUACCGGAUACUUCUUCUGCAAAGGCUUCAGGGAACAGAGCCCUGAUCUUUUUUUUCCCAUCAGAUAAGCACUCUUAAAGAAA